AUGUCUGACUUUGGCGAUGAGGACAACGCUGGUGGCGCUGACGAGCCCAUGUACGACGAGGACGACGCCCAAGACUACUACGACCCCGAGGUCCCCGAGGCCGAGGAGGAGGUCGACGCCCGCAACGGCGGCGCGGGCGGCGACGACGACGACGAGGAGCCCGACGUGAUCGUCUCGGGCGACCCCAACGCGGCGGCCGGCGCGGGCAAGGGCGGCGCCGGCGGCGACAAGUCGCACAAGGACAAGAAGAUCCCCACCGAGGAGCGCACGACGACGCCCUACAUGACCAAGUACGAAAAGGCGCGCAUCCUCGGCACGCGCGCCCUGCAGAUCAGCAUGAACGCCCCCGUGCUCGUCGACCUCGAGGGCGAGACGGAUCCUCUCCAGAUCGCGAUCAAGGAGCUCCGAGAGAAGAAGAUCCCCCUGAUCGUCCGGCGCUACAUGCCCGAUGGAUAG